GUUAUAUUAUAUUAUAUAUUACAUAUAUAUUUUAUACAUUGUGUGAUAAAAGUGUGUGGAGGUAUAUUUGCUGCUGAAUACUUCCAGUGGAGCAGACAGUAUGAUUAUAACGACAGCUGACGUAUAUAUAUUUCCUUUACACAUGUCUAUAGAAACAGGGGACAUUAGAUAAGUUGCUGCUCUUUUAUUUUUGCAAUAUCCAUUUCAUUUAUUUUUGGCUAUAAAAUUGCUGCAUAUCACAAUAUGUAAACAAAGGAAAGAAUAAAAUUUUACAUUGGAGGGCAGGAUAUUGAAGACCCCUCUUGUUUUUAUUAUAACUGAAACACGAAAACUCACGGCAAAAAUGAUUAUUAUAAAAAUUAUUCAAAACCCAAGCCCUAAUUAAAAGAGAGAAACAAAUUGGAAAAUCACUGCUUUACACCGGACCGGAUUCACUGAACUAAUUGGGAUUAUUUUUUACCGAGAAUUAAAUAUUUCGACAAAGUGAAUUUUUAUUUUAUUUCAAUUUCAUGUUUUUCCCCUAAGCUUAUAUAUUAUUGUAUAUGCAUAACAUGUGGAGAGCAUACGCCACUGAAGGAAAUACCGGUGUAUGUUAUUGUUGACAUUGUAAAUUUCACAGUAAAGACUUUUUGCAGUCUGCUAGAUGGACGAUGUCUAUCAAGUAAUUUGUUAUAAAACUUAUCCGCUGUGUAUUAAAGUAAUUUACACACAUACAUACACGCAUGCAUACUUGUAAAUAUAUAUGGAACAAACAAACGUGAUGUUGAAAAGACGAAGGCAUUAACCGAACGCAUUAGUUUUUUUUUUUUUUAAUGUCUAUUUUAUGAAAUGCUCCCAAUUUUACCUCUAAAUUAUUUAUGAGGAAAAAAUCAAUGAAACUAUCAUCUUAUUUGAUAUCAUUUCCAUCUAAAGAUUUCUCUCUCACCGGUUCUGCCCAUUGUAUAAUACACUGUAUCCUUGAAAAACAAUAUUAUAUUGUUAAAGUGGUGUGUUCACUGUAUUAAUUUCAAAAUCCAAUCCUUCAACGAAGUGGUUUGUUUUUAAUAUUGAUGUUUUUUUGUACAGAGGAUAUCAUUUAGGUCUUCAAGAAAUGUUACUUAAUAUGAAUUCUUGCCAGAACUUUCUGGCUGUAAUAUUCUUUUUAUGCAUCCUUCAAGCCGUGUCUACCAAUCAGUUUAUCAGUGUUGUUUUGGUUGGUGCUACCGGAGAUCUAGCUAAGAAAUACCUAUGGCAUAGCAUGUUUGAAACCUAUAGAAACGGAAUCGAAAAUAAAGGUCCCUAUUUUCUGUUCUUUGGGGGUGCGAGAGCAAAUAGAACUUUUGGCGAAGACACUCUCAUGAAAAUAAUUGACCGUUCUGUUACUUGUUACAAUAUGCAAUGUGAAAGUCAUAAGAGACGAUUUAUAACAGUUGUUAGGUAUGUCCAGCUGAAAGUCGAAGAAGAUUAUGAAAAUUUAGCCCAUCAAAUGGCCCUUGACGAAGAAAGUCAUUCCCCAGAUAAUCCCAUUGCUGGUCGUAUUUUUUAUUUAUCAACUCCGCCAGCCACAUAUGUGAAAACAGCUCAGCUUUUGCACAAACACUGUCGAUCACAUGUGGCUAACAGUUGGAUACGAUUAGUUCUGGAGAAACCCUUUGGCAACGAUCGUAAAACUUCAGAAGCCUUAGCCUCGUCUCUUGAACAGUGGUACUCAGAGGAAGAAAUCUACAGGGUUGACCAUUACUUGCAGAAGCCUGUUGUUAAACAAAUUCUACCAUUCAGGAUUAAAAACCAAAAUUGGUUGGAACCUCUAUUGAACAGACAUCAUGUAGAAAGGGUGGAAAUUGUCAGCAAAGAAUACAUUGGUGUCAAAGGAAGAACGAAGUUUUACAAUAACGUAGGUGUACUUCGUGAUAUGAUGCAAAAUCACCUCACAGAGUUACUUACACUUGUUUCAAUGGAACUUCCUGCUGAUGGAAAUGUAGACAGCAUUGAUGAAAUAAAAGAAAAGAAAAUUGCUCUCCUUGAACAAGUACAACCAAUGAAAGUCAAGUCUCUUCUUUUCGGUCAGUAUAAAGACUAUAUGCAAGAAGCAGAGAAAGAAAGUAUCAAUAAAUCUUCAUCAGCCAAGACACCAACAUUUGCAGCUGCCUUGCUUCACAUAGAAUCUGCACGAUGGAAGGAUGUCCCAUUUGUCCUUGUGGCUGGUAAACAAAUGGAUGAAAGGACCACUUAUGUUAGAAUUAUUUUCAAAAAUAAUGUAUUCAAAAUUCCACCAACUACUGAUAGUGAGAGGAUUCAACAAAUCAUUUUUCAUAUCAACUAUGGUGUUAUGAAAGAGCCCUGCAUUAUUGUACCAUGGUCUCUUCACAAAGCUCUCUGGCCUAAGGAUGUUGUACCUAAAAUGUGGUCCCAGCCUCCUGCUUAUGGUUCUGAGAUGUCUACCUACCAAACUGGUGUUCCUGGUCAAACUACCGAUGCUUAUAUACAAGUGGUUCAAGAUAUAGUAAACGGUAAACAAGCUCACUUUGUUGGAACCCGUCAAUUAAUGAGUAUGUGGGAUAUUUGGCAAACUAGUCUUAAUGUAUUGGCAAAACGUCCCAAACUUUACACACGAAACAAUACUUUGGAUUUUACAAUUAUCAAUAAACAAUUAGCAUUCGUUGAGAGUGAACAUUCACAGCAAGAAUAUGUGAAGCCAACUUCAGACAAACCAGUAUUUGCUCAAUUACCAAAACACUUUCUUGGUGGAAACCUCUAUGUGAACUCAACUGGUGCAUUGGCCAUGCAAUUAACUUCAUCUAUUAUUGAAAUCUCAAUGAAAUUGAUUAAAGAGAAGAAGCCAUUCCACAUUGGAUUUUCUGGUGGUAAAACACCAGCUUUGCUUUUCCGUAAAUUAAGAGAAAUUUACCCCCUCCACUUGUGGGUUAACACUCACAUCUGGUUGGUUGAUGAGCGAUGUCAGCCUUUAAACAGUCACAGAUCUAAUUUCAAUUUAUUGUUUACUGAACUUCUACAACAUAUUAACAUUCCCUAUGUCAACCUUCACCCAAUGCCAGUAUCAAUAGCUGGCUCUCUCUGCACUGAUAAAGAUGAAGGGGAUAUUCUUUAUGAGAGACAGCUAUCUAAUGCUGUAAUCAAUGGGCUGGACUAUGUUGUACUUGGGCUGGGAAAAGAUGGUCAUGUAGCUUCUUUAUUUCCACAUGAUAAAUCCUUAACCUUAACAACCCCAAGGAAAGUGAUUCUGACUAAUGCCGCCAACAGAGGGGAUAAACGAAUGUCACUUACUGUUGACUUUCUUAAUAUGUCUAAAAAUAUUGCUCUUUUUGUAACUGGUAAAGAAAAACAUAAAAUCUUAAACAGCAUUAGUUCAGAAAGUGACAGACUUAAAUAUCCUGUUCAAAAUAUUCAGCCAAAUGCUGGACAUCUUACUUGGUUUGUAGAUUCAGCUGCAUGGCUUGGAGUGUGAUCAGAUGAGAGCAGGAAAAAUAAAGUUCUUUUUGUUUCAAUUAAUUAAUAAGCAAUACUGUAGGAACUUAUUCGAUUUAAUUGUUCCCAAUGGCAUAUACAUAUAUAUAUAAAUACACACACCCAACUAUACAUACAUAUAUAUGUACAUGUAUAUAUAUAUAUAUAUAUAUAUAUAUGUGCAUACAAAUGUCUGUCAUCACUUAGAAGCACAGCAUUCACAUUCCAAAUUUUAAAGGCAUCUAACUACAACCACGAAUUAUAUUGGACUAUUUAUUGUUAUUUUGCUCUCUAUACAUCUAGUCCCAAUGUUCUUUAUAUACUCUACAAAAAGUAUUUAGAAUUUUGGAUUGCACACUACUAUAGAAUACAACAGAUGAUUAUAACAUUUCAAUUUAUUCAGGACGCAGUUUCAUUUUUCUAGUUUAAUUAGUUUAGUGAUAGUAAAUCAGUCAUCUAAUUAUUGUCUUAGCUACUACACUGAAAUUAGUUCACAUUUUAGUAAGACUCCACUGUGGGUGAUAUAAUGAAAUAUAUAGUGUUGCACACCUCAUCAUUCACUUGCCUCUUAAAUUUUCCUUCCACCAAAGCAACCCAUUUGGGUAACUUUGUUCACAUUUAUUUAGCCAUGUAAAACACACACACAUGCAAGGUGGAGAAAAUAGUAAUCAAGUACCAAAAAUGAAGUAAAACAGUGUUUUAUCGAAGCUGAAAAGACUUCACAAAAUGUGACUCAGAGUUUCACAAAACCGAUCAUCAGAAAGUCAUGAGUAUUUAGGGCAAUGGUAUGGUUUGUAUGUAUUUAAUAAAUUACUCUCUCUCUCCCUAUAUAUAUAUAUAUAUAUAUAUAUAUAUAUAUAUAUAUAUAGUAUUCCUCUCUCCCUAUAUAUAUAUAUAUAUAUAUAUAUAGUAUUCCUCUCUCUGUCUCUCUCUCUCUUUAAAACAAGUACUGAUAUAUUAGUUAAUAGAGUGGAUAUAUUAUUUUAUAUAAUGUUAUAAAUUUUGUUUCAUUGCAGCCAAUUCAUGUUACUGAAUUCGUGUUACUAACAUGAGUUGACUAAAUUUGUAAUAUUGUAUAGAUAACACUUGCACACACAUGUGUGUGUGUACUUUCACACAAUUGACUUAUUUCUGCCAACAUGUUUUUAAGGUGCUAACUAACAUAGAUGUUUCAAUUAAACAUUUAUUAAAUGGUUUCUGCUCAGUUUUGUUCUGAACUCAUCCACAUUAAUCUAUAAUUAAGAUAGUCUCUAAGGAGUCCAGUUGACAGAGUGUGUUUAUGUAUUAGUGGAGUUAAAAAAGAUACACACACUGUUUCUAGUUGUAAUCUAUAAUAUUUUAUUUUUUAUUUUUAUCAAUUAUAAUUGUUUGUAAGAGUAGUGGGUUGGUAGAAUUGUUAGAGCAUUGGACAAAAUACCUUCUGGUAUUCAGUUAUGGAUCUUUACAUUUCCUGUUCAAAUCCAACCAAGGUUAACUUGCCCUUCAUUCUUCCAAGGUCAAUAAAAUAAUGCACCAACUAGAAAUAGCAGUGAGCUCUAUCCCUUCAAAACUGCAGAUUAGAAACAAUAACACUGGUUUACAAAAAUUUUUUUUUUGCUCUGAAGCAAGGAUGUGAAUAGUUGUUUUUUACUAAUUUUUGAUAUGCUGAAUUCAAUUUUCUGAACAAUUUUGCUCUAUCACCUCUAGGGUUUUUGCUUUUACAUAUCCCAUUUUAAUUAUAAAUGGUAUAAAUUCAAAAUAUAGGGUUUAUUUCAUCUGUUACAAGGCAUAUUACAGAAGGAAAAAAAAACAGCAUAGAUACAGAACACUGAUGGAACUAAAUUACUUGGAUAAUAGAAUAUACACAAAUCAUAGUACAGCAGACAGAAGUGAGUUUUUUGGGAUGAUCUUGUGUACUUUGCCUCUGGGAUGUCACUCAAGAGCAUCUGGCAAAAGUUCCCCAUCAUGCUAGAGUUCCACUUGUCUUUGUAAUUGCUCUCCAUCUUAGUAAUAUCUUGGUGGAACCUUUCUCCAUGUUUAUCACUCACUGCUCCAAGCUUUGGAGGGAAGAAGUUGAGGUGAGAGUGGAGAAAGUGAAUAUUGAGUGACAUUCAGCUUCCCAUAUUCUCAUAAAACUGUAACAACUUCUCGAUACAAUUUUGGUAAUCUAGUACCCAUGUGUUACCAAGAGAGCCAUGGCAGACUGAUUUAAAUGCUUCCCAUGCUCUCAGUUCCUUUAAGGUAAGAAGCUCCUCAAAGUCCUUAUCCUUCAGCACCUCUCAGAUCUGAAGUCUGAUAAAGAUGCUCUCCUUGAGCUUAGUAGAACUCAGAGCUGGGAACAGAGUGCACAAGUGUUGGAAGGCAGCACCAUUUUUGUCCAUGGCCUUCUCAAAAUUCUUCAUUAAACCAAGUUUGAUAUGAAGAGGAAGAAAAAGCACCUUGUGCAUGUCCACCAGAGGAUUUUCUUGGACACUAUUCAUAAGGCAUGAAAGUGCUCCUAGAUCCCCAGAGACAGAGAAAGCAACAGUACUCUGUGAAGCCAGCUUGCAUACCUAUAAGGAGUUCAAUGACCUUGAGGUCCCAACAGAGACUCUACUGGUAAUGGUUGUACAUGACAGCUUCUAAAAGGAGCUCCAUAUUGUCUUACGACUCCUUCAGAUGGGCUGAGUAGGCAAUGGGAAUGCUGUGGUAUUUAUUCCCAAUUGUGCAGGAGCACAGAUUCAGACUUCGCUUGGAAGAGUCUAUGAAAAAACACUAGUCUGAGGGAUUGUGUGGAAAACCAAGGAAGGUGAACAAGCCAGAGACAGUUGUGCAGUAGAACAACCUGUUUUCCAUGUUGAAGAAUGAAGCAAAGUCUUGGUUCCAUGUCCUGAAACUGGUGAUCCUUACGUCAGCCUUCACCAGGUUCCACUGCUUAAGCUCGGAUGCCAGGAGCUCUGACUGCUGCUUAGAUAGAUACAAAUCACGGGGAAGAUCAUUCAGAUCUUCCUGCGUGAUCCAGUGGGGCUCAAUGCCACUUGCUCCUGAAUAAACAGAGAUAUUGUCUUCAGAAGAGAUCAACUUGGCAGAAUCUCCCCCUGAAGGCAUUUCUUCAUCUGAUAAAGGAAGAAGAUCCUUAUUUGCUGGGAGUGUAGGGAAAGGGAAAUCAUCUGCGUGGGGAACAGGUGUCAUAGCUGAAGGAAGGUUGGGAUAUUUGAUCUUUUUUCUAGAAGAAGCAUUAUAAACUUGUUAUAUUUGUUAGACAAAAAUAACAAUCAUCUGCAUGGCUUUGUGGCUCUCUCCAGACCAUCAGGACAGCAAAGUUGAAGGCUGUGCAACUGUCAUGAAAUCUCCAUACAUGUAGCAGAAUGAAUUUGACUUGUUGAUGCAUCCUCAGUGUUUUGAAGUGCCUGAAGCCAUUGUAGAGAUAUGUAUCAAUAAGUAUCACAAAAAUCUAGAAAACAAAAUAAAAAUUGGUCAUAUAUAUGGUCAUGUGAAUUGUUGAAACAUCAUAAUUUAUAUCUUAAAAACUAGAGGUGAUGAGUGAAAACUGAUUUUGUAUCUGAAAUCAGCACCCUAAAAUCAGGCUAGAACAACUAUUUUUAUGUUUGCUUCAAUUUCUCUGUAAACCAGUGUAAUUACAGCUGUCUCUAUUUUUUUUUUUCUUUUUACAGGCAGGUCUGUGCCAUUUCAUUUUAAAAUUUGAUAGUCUUUCUUUUUCCUCUUUCUUCAAAAGCAUCAUCUUUUCUUUGUAGUGUUUAUUAUUCUGAUAGCAUUGGAGUGGUAGAUUGGCAGGAUUGUUGAGGCUUCAGACGAGUUGUCCUGAAGUGUUUCUUCCAGCUCUAAAUGCUCUGAAUUUCAAAUCCCUCCAAGGUCAACUUUGCCUCUCAUCCUUCUAAGGUCAGUAAAAUAAAGUUCUAGUCAAGUACUUGAGUUUAUGUAGUCUACCAACCCUCUUCUCACAAACUACUAGCCUUGUGCCUAAAUCGGAAAUCAUUAUUUUUUACAGUAUUAUCAUAUACAUUGAGGUCUUUUACACCUGCCUUUCUCUCUCUCUCUCUUUCUCUCUCUCUCUCUCUCCCUCUCUCUCUCUCUCCCUCUCUCUCUCCCUCUCUCUCUCCCACUCUCUCUCCCUUCCUCCUCCUCCCCUCACAUACUCUCCUGCAACUUACCCAACUAUAUGUCAUCUCUCCUUUCUCUUGUCCUUCCCCCAACUACUCUUCUACUGAUCACCCCAAUUUUUCCACACUUUACCUCCCUCACAUCAUGUACCAUUCAUCAUCCUCCAUCCCUAUCCACCACUUGCUAAAUCUACACUUCAAGCCUACCCAAUCUUUACAGUUGUUGAGUACCCCCCCCCUCACUCAUUCUCCAUCUCUUACUCCUCCGCACACUCUUGUAACUUCCACCAACCCACACUCCUAUUUUGCUGUCCCCACUCACUUCUACUCACCUUGUACCUCGAAGGUUCAACAAGGUGUCUCAUCAUCACUAUUUCUAUCAAUUUCCAUCUCCUCUCAGUCACUCCCACCAUCUCUUUUAAAAUGUGAGUUGCCAUGUAGCUUCUCUACAACUAGAAGCUUGUUCUGCUCUAGCUCCUUCUCUUGUAUUUUAACCAUUCAUCUCCAAGCAUAACACUACCUCUCUCAAGAUUUGAAGCCUUGCAGGCUGCAAUGGAAACCUCACUAAUGCUGGUGCACCCAGUACACAUUGUAAAGUGACUGACAUUAAGAAGGGCAUCAAACCAUAAAAACCAUGCCAAAGCAGACACUGAAGUAUGAUGCAGUUCUUGGAACCAUUGAAUUCUGUCAGACUGUCAAUCUAUGACAGUGUGGAACAUGAACGUUAAAAUGAUGAUGGUGGUGGUGGUGGUGAUGAUGAUGAUCUUUUUAUAUCAAUUUUAUCAAUAUAUCUGAUAAAGUGGUAAUGAUAUCUUCCUAGUUUUUCCUGGGUUUUGCCCCAAACAAGCAAAGACUGACAUCUUUAUUCCAUCUAUUAUAGCAAGUUAAGUAAGGGAAACAAAAAACUUUGUCAAAGUUUAACACUGAAAAUUAAUUUGUCCUCUUAAAUUUGUUAAAAGAUACAUCUUUGCUGAAUGUAUCAAUUAUCAGAUUUUGGGCCCUAGUAUCACUUUUUUUGUUUUGUUUUGUUUUUUUGGGUUUUUUUUCUUUUGCAUCUAUCAGAGAAUAAAGGGCUUUGUUGUAUAAUUGUAUAUUAAUUGUUAAUAUCUUUGAGAAAUAAGACAGUGAGCUGGCAAAAUCAUUAGCACACUAGGCAAAAUGCUUAGUGGCAUUUUAUCCAUCUUUGCAUUCUAAGUUCAAAUUCUAAGUUGAGGCUGACUUUGCCUUUCAUCCUUCCAGGGUUGAUAAAACAAGUACUAGGAGAGCACUGAAGCCUAUGUAAUCAACUUACCCCCACCUCCAAACUUACUGGCCUUGUGCCAAAAUUUGAAACCAAUAUCUUUCAGAAAUAUUUUGCACUAAUGUAAUAAAGAUUUUAAAAGUAAACCUGACAAUUGGUUUUCUACAGUGCUUUACCAAUAGAAAUUUUGAUAUAUUUCACUAUAACAAUGACCUCAAAUAUUUGUACAUGAUUAAGCCAUUUGUUAUUAUAUUUCUGUAGAAUUUAGUGAAAUAUAUUUGUCAUUAUUAAGUUGGUGAUUGGAACUUAAAUGUACAUGAAAUUUUGAUGGAGGGUUUUAGUUUACAUCACUUUAAAACAGGGAGUUUCGUAUCAUAGAACCAGGAGUAGUCUCAGGCAGGCUGAUAUCACAAGGGUUAAUAUACCUUCUUGACCAACCUUACCAAGCAAUAACAGUUAUUCUUUGCUGUUGUACAUAACUAGAAAUACUGCUUAUAUAUAACUAAGUGUACUAACCAACAAGGGAGUCUUAGCAAAGUUACUCAACCUGUUAGAAAUACCAGCUAAUUCUCCUUUAAAUCACACACUGCUAUCUUAAAGAAAGGAGAUCACCAAAAACAAAACCAAAAGGAAAGAAUGAUAAUGUAUUCCUAAAUAAGCGAUGUCUGAAAAUAAUAAGAUGAGGUGGUCAUGGAUAGCUGGGAUUCCUUUGAUUAUAUACUUGCUUUGUAAGAACUUACAAUAAGUACAAAUACUAUUGACCUCUGAGCUUUGUUUCAAACAAAGGCAGAAUCAACAUAAAACUAUGUAAGCAAUAAAUGAAAACAUAAAAAUGAAUAUUGUAGCAACAUUAUAAUGAUUAACCCACAUCAGACUCAGAGCUGGCAGAAUUUUAGUGCAUCAGAUAAAAUCCUUAGCAACAUUUUUUCCAGCUCUUUACUUGCUGAAUUCAAAUUCCUCCAAGGUCAAUUUUGCCUUUCAUCCUUUCAUCCAAUUUUGCGUUCAUCAUCAUCAUCAUCAUUAACGUCUGCUCUCUAUGCUGGCAUGUGUUGGAUAGUUUGACAUGGAGCUGGCUAGCUGUCCAGACUCUAGCUGUCUGUCGUGUGCUGGGUGCUUUUUACAGGCCACUGGCAUGGGUGCAUCUAUGCAGCAGCAGCACAGGUGUGUUAACACAGCACCGGCACCUGAAAGGACAAAAUACCAGUUGAACACUGGAGUUAAUGUAAUCAACUUACCCUCUCCCCUAAAGUUGCUGGCCUUGUGCCAAAAUAAAAUAAGUACCAGUUACAUACUGAGAUCAAUGUAAUCAGCUAACCCCUUCCCGAAAAUUUCAGAUCUUCUGCUAAAAUAAGCAAGGAUUAUUAUCAUUAUUAUUAUUAUUAUCAUCAUUAUUAUCAUUAUUAUUAUUAAGGUAGUAAGCUGGCAGAAUUGUUAAUGCAUUGGGCAAAAUGCUUAGUGACAUUUCUUUCAGUUAUUUACGUUCUGAGUUCAAAUCCCACUGAGAUCAACUUUGCCGUUCAUCCUUUCAGAGGUCAAUGAAAUAAAGUAACACCCUCCCCUCAAAAUUGUUGAACUUGUGCCUAAAUUAGAAGCCAUUAAUUAGUUAUUAGCCACAUCAAACUCAUUAUUUUUAGUAUUACCUAUUUGUCACAAAAUAUCAGUCUCGGAAUGAUAUAAAAAAGAGAAAGGAGACAGUGUCCUCAGUCCCUUUUUCAGGAUCCCCAAGACAGGUAGGUGGAAGGGAUCAGGUCUCUACCCUCAGAGUAGGGACUUAGUCUUACUUGCUUGCAACAGAUGGUACUUAACUAAAGGUUUCUGAGGUCCAAAUGGUGAUGUUAAACCAGGUUAUAUGUUAAAUCUAUCAUCUUAGAAUCAGAACAGAUCUUUUCACAGACUUCCACGACUUUCACACAGCUUCAGUCUUCCAAAUUUUACUUACAAGGCUGUGAUUGAGGCUAGAGUAGAAGACAACUGUCUAAGGUACCCUGCAGUGUUAGGGAAACCCUAAAGCCACAUAGUUGCUGUGCAAAUUUGUUAAUCACACAAUCAUACAUAAGACCAUAGAUACACCCUUAACAGACUAAACUCCUGAUGAGAUUAAUUAUAAUGUCUUAAUAAGAUUUCUUCUAUGACUCAUCUAAAGAACAUUACUCUUUUCCUGCAGGAAUUAGGGGUCAAGAAGACAAAGAUUUGGAGUUCAGGGACCAAAACCCAAAAAUUUUAUUAAGCUACCAUCUCUCUUUUUCUUUCUCUCUCUUUCUCGCUUUCCCUUUUUUUCUUUUCCUAUUAACCAUUCCGGUUGUGUUUUAUAAAUUUAUAAAAUAACUUUUACUGUACAAACUGUUGGAAUAUAACUUUAACCCUUUAGCACUUAAACCUAUUCUACCUGUUUUAUGUUCAAACUGGCCAGAUCUAUCCCCUCACACCUACCCUACAAUGUCGUUGUAAAAAAAAGACCAGUCACAUUAUCAAAAUCUUAAAGCUACAGAUUAUGCAUGAUUAAUUGAAAACAAUAUGAAUUAAUAAGCAUCACAUUUGAUUGAGUAAUCUGAAUGCUAAAGGGUUAUGAGAAAUAAUUGUACAACUCUUUGUCAAAUAUUUAUGUUUCCAGUGAGUUUUUUUUCUUGUUUUUCAGAUUUUUAAUCUAUGGAUUUUUUUCUUAUGUAAUAUUUUUAUGAUAUAAUUUGAAGUCAUAUUAAAUAUUUUUAUGUUA